AUGCCUAGCCGCAUCUCGAAGGGUCGGUCGCGGAAGGGCUGCUUAACCUGCAAAAUCCGUCGGGUCAAAUGUGACGAGGAAAAGCCCACAUGCCAGAGAUGCCACUCCACCGGUCGGAAAUGUGACUAUGUAGCCGACUCAUCGAAAGUCAAUGCCCAGGAUCUACAGAUCGUCCAACAUGUGCCGGGUAUUGUGCAGCCGACAAAGAUGUGGAAAGUCCCGUCGAGUGGUUUAAUUCCCGAGUCCGACUAUCGAUCGCUAGAAUUCUUCCAGCUUCACACCACCCUCUGCUUCGGUAAAGAUACCGGGCUACAUCUGCUGCAGGCAGCAUACCACGAACCGAUCAUUCGGACUAUCGCGACGGCCAUCGGCUCGCUGCAUCGCUCAUUCGUGCACAAUGAGAACGGCGUGAUAGCCCGCGAUGUGACUCAGUUCACGUUUCAGCGCUAUAACAAAGCGAUCCGACAGUUACUCGCAAUCGACCCUCAAACCUCGCUGCAAUCGAAUGAUAUGUUUUUGAUUGCUUGUAUCUUAUUCUACUGUUUUGAGUGUCUCCAAGGCCACUAUAACUUGGCUAUUCAACAUGCUACCUCGGGUCUGAGAAUUAUCAAGCAACAGCAGUUGCUGGCGACCGGUCGGAAUUCCCCCAGGUACAUGCCACGAGAAACGGUCACAUUGUUGUUUGCAAUUUUGGAAAAUCAGAUUCUCGAAAUCCAAGGGGAAUCAUCGCUCGCUGACGAAUUGCGACCGGCACUCUUCUCGUCAUUUAGCACACCCACAUUCGAUCACUCUCAUCCUCCAUCUAAUAUAGAGGAGAUGCGAGCCUGCUUUGAACUACUAUAUAAUAAGCUCACGCGCUUUUUGUCCGUCUGCGAAAUGCUCGAGGAGAAAUUCGAGGACUCGUCAUUCGAGUUUGUCGCCCGAAUUCAGCAUCUCGAGGAAGAACACCUUCAAGUCCGCGCUGACCUAGAGGCGUGGGUCAAUACAUUUGAAACGUGGCUCGAUGCCGGCGGCACGGAAGUCAUCGAAGAGCCGCAUAGUAUUGCCAUUUUGAAGAUCUGGAAAACGGUGAUCUCGGUCAUGCUGGCGUUGGAAUGGCCCAACACAGAGCUCUCGUGGGACGAGCAUCUUGACAAGUUCGCACUAAUCAUCUCACUGAUUUCGGACCUUCUGGGUGCCCCUUUGUCUUCUGAUCCAGAAGAUUCCAGUUCGGCUUCACAUUAUCAGACCCCGCCACCUACACAGAAUGCGACAGCACUCCCCAUCCUCCGUCCACGACCCUCCAAAAGGCUGGCAUCGACAUUCUCAAUGUCUCUAGGGAUUGUCACACCACUAUAUCUGUGCGCAACGCGAUGUCGUGACUCCACUAUCCGACACCGGGCAAUCGAUCUGGUCUCCACUUGUAAUCGCCGAGAAGGACUAUGGGACUCUGAGCUUGUCGGGCGCAUCACUCGCCGCAUUGUCAGUAUCGAGGAAGAUGCGGCUGGAAUUCAACCGGGCGCCCGAUACACCUCGGCUGAUAUCGGGAUAGCCGCUCGUGUCAAAUCGUUAAAUCCUCAGUACGGCCAAGAACGGGAGAUCACGAUUCGGUACAACUGGGAAGGUGAUAGUACCGCUCCCAUCGAGGAGACCUUUACUUGGUGA